AUGCACGAUCGCCCACUUCCCCCUUCCACCAACUCUUCCUCGUCCCACCGCCCGGGCCGCCUGAACCACUUCCCCUCAGAGGACUCCAUCUAUUCGCCUGACCUCAAUACUUCCCCUGCGUUUGAUCUGAUGCCGCUUGAAGAGGCACAGAGGUCGCCGGUGGGCUCUCCGGCCAGCCACCCGCCGAAUUCAUGGCCUGAACACCCUCGGUCUGACCCCAGCCACCCCGGUCAGAUUCAGUAUAAUCAGUAUGCGGGGACUUCCUACGAUAACAACGCUGGCCACUGGGUUCCACCUGCAUUGAUGGCAGGUCAACAUACAGGGGCUUCUGAGAAUGUUUGGCGUUCAAACAAUAACAGCGAUUCCUCCACUGGGGAGCCACCGGUGCCACUACAAUCCAACAACCCUUUCUUGAAGCCGCGGCCAGCGGAUCAGACCCAAGAUCUCUUAGACCGAAAUGAAUGGGGACGUGACUCACAGGCGACUUCGAACAGUGAGCCAUUAAGUCAAACGGAGGGGUACAUCCCAAUGACUGCGCGCUUGUCUCUUCUAGAUGAACCAGAACAGCAUUCACCAUGGGCUGAGGCCCCCCAUAACGAUCAACCAACUGUGUUGAAUGGUCAUCAUAUGGAAAACAAUUCCCCAUGGGUAUCCCAACAAUCCAUCAAAGUUUCAGCUCCGCAAGAUAUUUAUGCACAAGAACAAUCGAAUCCAUAUGCCCCAGCAGUGGUCGUGCAACCAUCAGAACCAUCGUGGGGGGAUGAAUAUCAUGGCACACAUCAAAAUCAACCCGCGCAUCCCGGCGGGCUUGGAUCAGACGCCGGAAUCAACACUCCCUCCGUCACCCUCUCUACCGCAACCUCGGCUACAUCCCACGAACUGAUUGACCUUGAGGAUGCCGAGCUUCCCAAAAAAUUUGGAUUCGAAACCGGGUCUCGUGCAGCGUCUCCUGUCUACUCGUCAGAGGCUGUCGCCAAAGAAGAAAGGCCGUUGGAUAUUGGAUCACAAAAUCUUACGUACACAACAGUACAGCCAGGGCUUGUAGCGGAAAGACAACUACAACAACAACCAAGCCCUGUCAUAUCUGAUGCGGAGGCUGCACGGCAAAAGGAGCAGAGAUCCGAGACUUAUACCAUCCGCCACGUCCGUUGGACAGAUAGCACAGGUGAAUUGGUGGAAUCACCGAUCCUUGUUCAAAAUCAGAACGGCCCAUGCCCAUUGUUGGCUCUCAUCAAUGCGCUAGUGCUACGGGCGAACCCAAAAGUCCAACCACCAAUUGUGAGAGCCUUGUCAAUCCGCGAGCAAAUCUCGCUGGGACUCUUGAUCGAGGCAAUGUUUGAGGAGCUGACGACUUGUUUGGGCCCUGAUGAGGAAUUCCCAGACAUUGAAGCCCUCGCGCAAUUCUUGACCAUGCUUCAUACCGGCAUGAAUGUCAAUCCACGUCUGACCUUAGAUUCUACGGAUGGAUUUGGUUCUUUCCGUGAAACAAGCGAUCUUCGGCUCUACAGCACCUUUGGUGUGCCCUUGAUUCACGGCUGGCUAGCCUCUUGGUCUAGCCCUACUCACGAUGCAAUGACACGGACUGCUCAAUACCACGAAGACAUCCAGCUGUUACCCUUCCGCAGACAGGAGUUUGAGGAGCGGGUCACACGGGGCGAAGCACUAACAUUUGAGGAAGAAGGGACCAUGGAAGAUAUUCAAAGUAUCCAACACUUUGUGGAAAUUGAGAAUGCGACACAGUUGAGCCCAUUCGGCUUGACACAGCUGUCUACGAAACUCGCCCCCGGCUCUGUCUCAAUUCUCUUCCGCAAUGAUCAUUUCUCAACGCUUUACAAACACCCGCAAUCUUACCAACUCUACACCCUGGUCACCGAUGCCGGCUACGCAAGCCACGCGGAAGUAGUCUGGGAAUCGUUAGUAGAUGUGACAGGAUUCAAUACCGAGUACUUUUCAGGCGACUUCCGUCCUGUCGGCACAGGUCCCUCCGCCUCAUCCGCACCCGCAGGUCUCCGCACAUCUAGUGCAGCAGCCAGUCCUGCUCCAGUAGCAGGCGAUACCUCAGAUUCCCCAGAGCCAUCACAAGAGCAGAGCGACGCGGAUUAUGCAUAUGCCCUCUCGCUUCAGUUCCAGGAAGAGGAGCAACGUGAAAAUGACAGAAACCAAAACCCACCGUUACCUGAUCGUCGCGCAUCGGCCAGAAAUAGGCCUUCUAGUCGACCAACUCCUUCACCCCGCAUGAGCAACGUGCCUAACCGAUCUUCGAGCGUCCUCAACGGGGCUGGCCCUCAGCCAAGUCCGCCACACCGGGAGCCUGACUCGGACGAUCCCAACGCACCCCCUCCUCCUUAUGAACAAGCUGCCGGUGGACCGCGGUACUCGCCUCCCGACAGAAGAUCUCACGGUGGUGCGGCGAAUCAGUAUCCCGGAAAUCGCAACUCGCGCAACCAAUACCCACAACAACCCCAUCGUUCACGCCCCUCUGUGUCUUCUGGGGCCGAUCGAAUAAACAGAGAUCGGAACAAAGAUUGCAUCGUUAUGUGA